AGCGGACGCCAGGCUUCGGAGGCACAGUCCCCGGAGGAGCGGAGCGAGGACCAUGCCAUCAGCGGCUCAGGGGUAGACCUCGGCCCAGGAGCACCCCACCCGCCGCGGCCUCCCGCCACCGGGCCGUCCUGCUGGGAAGCACGGGCGAGGGCAAGGGAACACGCGAUGCUGUCACACAGUGCCACGGGGAGGCAGAGGAGGCAGCAGGCCUCGGCCAUCAUGCAGGAGGUCCACGGACACGGUGCCCACGGCAUGGACCUGGGCCGGAAGGUGAGCGUGCCGCGGGACAUCAUGCUGGAGGAGCUGACCCACCUGGCCAACCGCGGCGCCCGGCUCUUCCGGAUGCGCCAGCGCCGCUCCGACAAGUACACCUUCGAGAACCUCCAGUACGAGUCGCGAGCGCAGAUGCACCACAACCUGGCCAUGCAGAAUGGGAAGCUGGACGGAAGCCUGUCAGAAGGGGGGUCACAGCAAGCCCCGUUCACUCCUCCCAACACCCCGGACCCGAGGAGCCCCCCGAAUCCAGAAAACAUUGCACCAGGCUACUCCGGGCCCCUGAAGGAGAUCCCUCCAGAGAGGUUCAACACCACGGCCGUGCCCCGGUCCUACCAGUCGCCGUGGGAGCAGGCGGUCAGCGGCCACCCGGAGCUCCUCGAGGGGCUGUACCCGAAGCUGCUCACGCCCGAGGGCCAGGCAGAGCUGCCAGACUACCGGAGCUUCAACAGAGUUGCCACCCCGUUUGGAGGUUUUGAAAAAGCAUCAAAAAUGGUGAAGUUCAAGGUCCCAGAUUUUGAGCUACUACUUCUAACAGAUUCCAGGUUCAUGGCCUUUGCCAACCCUCUUUCUGGCAGACGGUCCUUCAACAGGACUCCUAAGGGGUGGAUAUCCGAGAACAUCCCCAUAGUGAUCACCACCGAGGCCCCUGAGGGCCCCGCCGUCCCCGAGUCCGAAGACCUCUGAGCAGACAGCCACGGCCUCGGAGCCUCCGCACACUCAUGUCGCUUCUGCUAUUCCACUCGCUGGCAAAGCCACUCACACUGCAGCAGCAGCAGUAACUCGGCCGUAACUUAGCAUUGUUCCUUCCAUGGCGUUUAACCUCAGCCUCAGAGCAAAUACUAAUAAACAACUCACAAUCUUGUUUUAAAC